AUGGAAGUGCUGGAGGAAGGGAAUUUAAUGGACCGCGUGCCCAUUUUGCUGCAACGUGAUUUGGAAUUUUAUCAGACCCAUCAGCGUGUCCUGCAGGAGCCCAUUUGUCCGGGUGUUGUUGGUGGCAAGCUGGACUUUCCUCGCUAUGCUUCGUUUGCAUCGAUAAAACUAAUACGCUGGUGGGAGGAUGAAUACUUUGCUUCCUAUCGUAAGCACUCGGGCCUGUUGCAUACCGAAAAGGAGCUUAACGAGGGCGACUUUAGCAGCAGUACGGUCAAAACCUCUGAUCCGGAUAAGUUUGUGAGUUUGGUGACCAAGUCAGCGGAUCUGCUCUUGGAGCACGUGCAUCGUCUGUCGCAGGAGUCAUUGGAUCACGCAGAUCUCUCGGUACUCACAGCCACCAUCGGUGCUGCGGCCCUGGUGAAGAACUCGCUGAGUGUCUACAUGCAGGCAGCCACGACAACAAUCUGCCCGCCUAAGGGCGAUGAGAAGGGUGGUGCCUUGAAGCUCAGCUUCAAGCAGUACUCACAGAUGUCGGAGGCAUUGGCUGAGCGCCUCCUGGAUCUGCAUUGCCGUCUACUGCUGUUGUACAUCAUCCAGGAUGCGGACUGCCUGCACUGGGAGGACACUCAGCCCUUUUUCGAAUCGGAACGGGGCUCGUACACGGUGCAGAUGUGGUGGCACUACAUGCGUGGGACCAAAACAGAUCUCUGGAACUCGGUGCCUCCGAAGAUGGCACAGAAAAUCUUCGCUGGCAUGCUUAAUGAGACACUCAGCGUUCUCACCGUUCGCUACACGCAGAUCAUCACAAGCGUUGCCAGGUCGCAACUGCAUCUCGUGGACAUCUGCAACAUGCUGCUGUGCAUCGCAGAGCUCUUGCCCCACAUCUGCGAAAGUGGCGAGGCCUAUGUGGGCCUCCAGUUGAGCAACCAGAGCGUCAUCGUCCGCGAUAUCCAUGCCAAGUGCAGGGAGCUCUUCUACUGUCUGUUGCUUCGUGGUGCACCAUUGGGCGUUCUUUCCAAGGUCUUUCGCAAAGGUCUGGAUAACAUGGAAAUGUUUAGUUCGCGUCAUGGUCUGCCCAGCGCUUGGAUUAUAUUUGCGCUGCCCCGAUACUUUCCCAAGGAGCAGUCCUGCCAGUGGGUAACUGAGUUUGCAGAUCUAACCACAAACACAGCCAUCUCAUUGGAUUUGCGCGUGCUGCUGGCCUUUCCCGAAGCGCAUUGGUCGUAUCUGCUGAAGAUUCUGUUGAUGAGAGAUGCCUAUCUGACUGGCAUUAUAAUGCGUCAUCUGAUGCAACAUUUGCCCUCGUCGGAGAACUUUAAGAAUGUGGCGAAACAUUCGUUUACUAGUGCGGAGGGUGCCCCCUUGAAAUGCGAGGCAUUUCUAUGUCGGGGCGAGUGCUUUAAUGUCACCGACUCGAUUGCGGCAGACAUAGAUCCCGUUGGGCAGUCGAAUUAUCAGAUUGUUUUAUCUCUCACCUAUCUGAUUGUGGCCGUGGGCAAGGCUGUCGAUAUCAAGUCUUGCCUGAUUAAGACCCUGGAAGAGCAUGCUGUGAGCGGCUGGAGCGAUUGCUUGGACAAGCGCCAGGUGUGGAAUCAGAAGCGCACCCCUUGGCUGGAAGCCAUAAUGCAUUUCGUGUACCCAGUGCUCGACUGUGUCGUCGAGAUGCUCAUCAAUGCCGUGGAGAAUGGCGCCAGCAUGUAUCAGGCCAUGUCCUUAGCUUUGACUUGUGUCUCAGAGAUUUGGGAUUGCAUGCCAGAGGGCUUGUACAAGAUUACAGCUCUACUACAGGACAUAAUACCUGUUUCGACACGUCCGCUGGGUGACUCUGUGCUGCUCCAAGUGGUUUUCGCCGCUCUCUACACAGAACUCAUUAAAACGGCUGAACUGCAGGAACAGGCUAAAAACGAGGAGAAGGCUGCCAUUUGCUAUUCGUUGUCAGAGGCGAUUUGCUCCGUAGACGAGGACGAUAAGCACACGGACCAAAUCGAACUGUUUCUCAAACAGGCCAAGGAGAGCAUCAACCUGGACACGGAUUUCAGCAACAGCUGUGGACGUGGCGCUGGCGGCAUGAGCGCCGUGAGCACAGUCAAAAUGGAUGACCUGGCGAUGACGAAUGCCGAAUCGGAGCGUUUGAGUCACAGUCCACCGGCCAAUUAUGCCAUGGAGCUGGAUGUGGGCAUUGCUGAUUACAUAGCCGAGGUGCUGGCCAGCGAUGUGCUGACCACAAACAUUGGCAAACAGGCGCUGAAGGUGAUCUAUAAUUAUCUAAAAUUCAACAAGGAUUGGCUGCUGGAGCAGCUGGGCACUGGUGAUAACGAGCCCAGUCCGUUUCAGGGCGUACUGGGCCAAAACAUCAAGGAAGGCAAGACUUCCGUGCUGAAGUCCAUGUUCUUUAUUGGCAACACGCCCUUCGAUCAGUUACUAACUGGCUCGCUAAAGAUCGACUACGUUAGCUGGCUACAAGUGCCGCUUUCCUUGAAUCCGGAGCGGACUUGGCUGCAUCUGAUGCGUCGCUGCGAUUUUCAGGAGGAUGCCAAGCUGUCACUGCCGGAGGUCGCCAUGGUGGCUGGCAUUAGCAAGAUAAUGAGACGGCGAAAAGACUACGCCAAGUGAGGUGGCCUCAGGGCAGAAGCCAGAAGCAUCAUUAGUAUUGCGCAUACGCCGCGAUGUACCCGUAAAGAUGCCAUUAAUGGCGCAUAAUGCAAACAACGCUCUAGCUCCUUAGUUAAAAUGCAAAAAAAUGUUGGCAAACCAGAA